AUGAAGGUUUCAUGUGAGAGUGAUUGGGCUGCGGGUCUGCAGGUAAUGGAGCGAACCUCGACAACAGAGUUAUCAGAUGAGCCCGACGACAUGUCGAUCCAUCCAGCCACAUCCCAGGAACCGCCAAACUGGCCUCCCACUUUGGCUCCACUGCGUCUGGAACAUAAACAUCCAAUGAUUAAUCUUCCUCGCCGUUUCUCAAUUAAAGCCUUUACAUGUGUCCACUGGGCGAAAAUCAGCUCGUUACUGGUUCACUGUCCGGUUCCUCGUCUCCCUCUUUCCCUGUCGAGUGACGAUCCAUACCUCUUUCUUCGGUACAAUUCUCCCUUCCUGGAACGGGACCCUCUUUUCCGAUGGUGGAUGCUUUGGGGGUUAACGGAUUUCUCUUACUCAUGGCUUUCCCCUCCACUGACUGGCCUUUGGACUCAAGCACACCAUGGAGUCAACUGCAGCUCAGCCCCAACAAUAAUGAUGAGCAAUUCGGGUCUUGAAGUUUAG